AUGAGCUAUGGGCUGGACAAGAAGGCAGCAGCGAGCAGCAACCUAUGGGCGUUGCCGCACCACCUCCAGCAGAAGCGCGAAGUGGAGGAGCGGCUGAGCCUUCUCAUAAGUGGCGGCGCCCACGCCCGACCCGGACAUGCGACUUCGGCCCUCAACGACGCCUGCUGCACCCAAAGCUUCUUCCUGCUCCUCUUCCUCUGUCUCACCCUCGGCGUCGCCCUCGCCAUCGCCGGCUACAAACACUUCUCGGCCGAGGUGAGCGCGCACCACUCCUUCGUGCCGGCACAGUGCCUCGUCCUGGCCAAGGCGAGCCACCCGGUCGAGGAUUGCUUCCGUGGCGUCUGUGAGGAGGGCUAUGUGGUUCAGUUCCAGGUGGAGUACGUGCACCGCCACCAGGGCCGGAUGCAGGCCUCGGCCUACGAGAAGGUCACCCGGCCCCGCCACACCGCCGACGACGCCCGGCGCCUCCUCGACGCCGUCGCGCUCAACGCCACGCGGCCCUGCUUUCACCACCGCAAGGAAGCCCACGAGGUGGUGCUCGGCGUGGACUACGACGCCUCGUUCGUCGUCUCGCUCGUGCUGUGGAUCCUGGUCGUGCUCUACGUGCUGGGCGUCAGCGCCGGCGCCUUCAUCUACGUCGUCACCAAGAAGGCCAAGGCGCGCAGCCGCAGCCGUCGCAAGCGGCACGACAUAGAAGACGACGAUCACGAUGAGAACGUGUGCGAAGAGGACCCGAUCUUCCUGAUCUACGACUACGGCACCUUCGACCCGCGCAGCGCCAGAAAGAGCCCGCGCCCGGCACCGCUCCACGACUGGACCUGA